UCGCCCGAUUAUCUCUCAUCUCUCCACAUGCUUAUGUACCUUUUCUCCCUCACUACGAAACGUCGAAACCCUAGAUAAAUAUAAUUUUAAUUUGAUAAAAUAUUUAAAACCUAUUCACUUUCAACUCUAAUUUUCUCCUAUUCCUUCUUUGAUUCUUUUCCUCCCAGGCAAAAAUGGAAUUUUCCUCAUAAUAUGACGUGCUGUUUUUAAUUAUCUCAAUUAAUUUUAUCUCAAGUGUUUUUCAAUAAAAUUUCUUUCUACGGGGUUGAGAUUUUGUUUUGAAUUGUAUUUUAAUAGAUUUUUUUUUUAUCCAGCAACCGGUUUGUUGUUGUAUUGGAAUUAGGUUUCCUUAUAGUGGUUUGGAGAAACGAAGGCUCUCAUUUUCUGCUCCUUCUGCACUUGGUUGAUGAGUGGGAAAUAUGUCAACUCAAUACCCUAUCCUUGAUAACCGUCCAAUCAAUAAGUGGAAGGUGACUGAGUUGAAGGAAGAGCUUAAAAGACGAAACCUGAAGAUAACUGGAUUGAAGGAUGACUUGGUAAAACGAUUAGAAGAAGCGAUUCGAAAUGAGUGGGCAACUUUAGACAUACAAAAAGGUGAUAUUUUAGAUCAGGAGAGUAAACCUGUUGAUUCUAAUAGCACUAUCAAUGAAACCAUAGCCCAGCCCACUUCUGCUGAGGGAGCACAUGAAAGCAAUAAGCUUGAAGAGGAUGAAAUUGUGAAGACAUCGCACAAUGAUGCUGUUCUGGUUGGGGAACCAAGAGAUAUAGAGGCCUCCAUGGAGAACAGUGACAUUGCUAAUGUGGCUUUUGGUAAUCUGACAAUGCCCAGCGAACGAAGACUAGAUGACGGUGAUAUUACAGGGGACAAUGACAUAUUGAAGUCAUCCAGUAAGGAGGCACUUGAAAACAACAAAGUUGAGUCUGGGACCGAGGUUCUGAAACAGGGCAAGAGCAAUGAUAUUCUUGUUGAGGAACCAGGGAUGGUAAACAUUGGCUUUUUACCUGUGGCUGUGAGUGCCCAGAUCACGUCCUCUGAUAGAACACUUCAGGAUUUUAACACUAAGGUAGAUGGUGACAACACUUGCGUAAUGUCAAUUUUAUCUGGAGAGAGAUCAAUAGAAAACCAGGAUUGUCAGGUGGAUAAAGAAAUUUUCAAGCCUUUGCAGAUGGAUACUGAACGCAACGUGUCCUACACUAGCAACCAACUGCAUGGGGUGUCCUAUCCAAGCAACCAGGUGCAUGAGGUCAGCUCUAAUAUAGAGUUUCAGGUGAAAUCUGAAUCAAUUUCUACUGAUACUUUGUCAUUUAAUGAAAAAAAAGAACUAAAAGAUAAUUUGAAUGCUGAUAAUGUCCAAUUAGAACCAGAAGUUGCUAGGACAGAACUGAUGCAACCAUCGUCCAGUGAAAAAUUUUCACACCAUGACAUUUUUCAUCGCUUGGAUGAUAGAAUGACAGGUGUUAAUGAGGGUUUUGUUGGAGAAGCUGAUGAUGAAAAAUCUAGAAUCAUGGAAGUUAGCCAUAAAAAUGUUAAUUUAGAUAUUAACAGUUCAGAUAACGUAGGGGAAGAUAAUAAGCUAAUUCAUGUGACCAUACCAAAAUAUAGCAGUCCAGAACAUGCGGCUGAGCCAGAAAGGAUGGAAUCAUCUGCUGAAGAGAAAUUUGGCUUUGCUGAUUCUACGAAGAAAGGAAUUUCACAAGACAAUAAAUCACCUGAUUUUGAUGCAAAAGUCCCUGAUGGGGAUCACCUGGAAAAAAUAAAUUUAGAGCAAUCUUCAGCUGAUGAUUCCAUGGAGGAGGAUGUAUCGGAGGCGCGGCACUUUGUCUCUGAUCAAAAUGCUGCUGAAAUUAGCAAAAAGGCUGAGCCAAUGGAUGAUUCUGGUACAGUAGAAAGUGGCAGCAUUGAUGCUAUGCAUACUAAUAGGUUGGAACCUUCUCUUGAAAAUGAGAAUAAGACUGCUUCUGAUAUUCCUUCAGACAAGUUGGAAACUUUUGAUGAAAAUGAGGAUAAGAUGGCUUCUGUUUCCGAUAAGAGAAGGUUUCAAGCAGCUGUAGCUGAUGAGAAUGCGCCUCCAAAGAGACAGCGUAGAUGGAAUAGUGAAAAUGUUAAAGUACCAGAACAACAAAGCUCAGGAGUUUCGGUUACUACAACAUCGAAUAGUUUAUUUUUGGCUGUUUCAGAAAAGCCGAAUGUUGCUGUACCUGACUCUGCACUCGAGCAAGAUGCACCAAAGGAACGCAUUGUACCACCAUCAGCCAAAACACCCACCAAUUCACUCCGAAUUGAUAACUUUCUGCGCCCCUUCACAUUAAAAGCUGUUCAAGAGCUUCUGGGCAAAACCGGUAAAGUUUGCAAUUUUUGGAUGGACCAGAUCAAGACCCAUUGUUAUGUGAUGUAUUCUACAGUAGAGGAAAGUAUCAAGACUCGAAAUGCUGUCUACAACCUCCAGUGGCCAACAAAUGUAGGGCGGCUCCUGAUUGCAGAUUUUGUUGAUCCCGAAGAAGUGAAACAGCGAAUCGAGUCUCCCUCACAGUUUGCUGCGCUUCCUGUAAGUACGAGCCCUUCAGUGGUUCCAAUACAGACUCCAAGCCAGCCAGCACAACCUUGCCAACAGGGCCCAAACAAGCAGUCCGAGCGUCGACAUCCCUUAUCACGGGAUAUUCCUGCUUCCGGUGCACCUAGACUGAACGAGCGGUUAUCCCGGGCACCAUUAACAGUUCCGGAAGAAGUAGAUCCCCCAACUCUUACUUUAGAUGACUUGUUCAUGAAAACCAAAUCCACCCCCAGAAUCUAUUACUUACCAUUAACUGAAGAACAAGUUGCUGCAAAGGUGCAAAAGAAAGAUUGAUGAAGGCAUGUUAAACUUUGGUGUUUUAAGGAGCCUUGGUUAAAUUAUUUAGUUUAAGUAGGUAAUGACUUCUUAGUCCUUUUAACCUUUUAUUCAGAUUUGAAUUUUCAACGUGUAAAAUUUUCAGACUGCACGAGGGGAUUGAGUACAUGUUCCUGCACUUUGAUUCUGUGUUCGAUGUACUUUAUUAGACAAGUUUGGAUAUCAUUAAGAAUAAGAGUCGUGUGAUGAGAUUUGUAUUUUUGUCCUCCAUCAA